GAUGACCAUCUGGGCUCGAAAGCCCUCAGGAGCUGCGGAGCGCGGGUCGGUAGGGGCGCUGCAGAGGAAGGUUGAGCGCCGUCUCCAGGCAACGCGCGGGGGGGGCGGGGCUUUGCGUCACAGAGGUGCGACCGGGUCCCGGGCUGAGUCGCCGCCACCCGCAGGUCUGAGCUGCGGGCUGAGGCGGCGCCGCCGCUGCCGCAGGGUGCGCGAUGCCUUGAACCUGGGAAACUAUGUGAAGCAACACUCUGGAUUUUGAAAGACAUCAUUUCAUCAUGGGACAGCAAAUUUCGGAUCAGACACAGUUGGUUAUUAACAAGUUACCAGAAAAAGUAGCAAAACAUGUUACAUUGGUUCGAGAGAGUGGCUCCUUAACUUAUGAAGAAUUUCUUGGGAGAGUAGCUGAGCUUAAUGAUGUAACGGCUAAAGUGGCUUCUGGCCAGGAAAAACAUCUUCUCUUUGAGGUACAACCUGGGUCUGAUUCCUCUGCUUUUUGGAAAGUGGUUGUACGGGUGGUCUGUACCAAGAUUAACAAAAGCAGUGGCAUUGUGGAGGCAUCACGGAUCAUGAAUUUAUACCAGUUUAUUCAACUUUAUAAAGAUAUCACAAGUCAAGCAGCAGGAGUAUUGGCACAGAGCUCCACCUCUGAAGAACCUGAUGAAAACUCAUCCUCUGUAACAUCUUGUCAGGCUAGUCUUUGGAUGGGAAGGGUGAAGCAGCUGACCGAUGAGGAGGAGUGUUGUAUCUGUAUGGACGGGCGGGCUGACCUCAUCCUGCCUUGUGCUCACAGCUUUUGUCAGAAGUGUAUUGAUAAAUGGAGUGAUCGACACAGGAAUUGCCCUAUUUGUCGCCUACAGAUGACUGGAGCAAAUGAAUCUUGGGUGGUAUCAGAUGCACCCACUGAAGAUGAUAUGGCUAACUAUAUUCUUAACAUGGCUGAUGAGGCAGGCCAGCCCCACAGGCCAUGACCUUGAAGUGAAAGUCUUCUGUUGCUAUUGUGGGCUCAAAUAUUUGGUCGUGGGGGAAGAAUGUAGGGUUGUGGCACAGACACAGAAAAAUCCAUUUUCCCCACUCUUUUAUUUUUGCUAUUCUGAUCAUUUGUCCCCCUUUUAAAAAUAAACUUCCCAUGUCUUCCAUUUGUGGUACUAAAAUUUGCUACUGUUUUAGACCAUAUUUUCCUAUUAUUUAUCUGUUCAAAUUUGUAUUAUUACAACUAAUAGCUCUUGAAUUCUUUGCUAAAGGUAACAGCAACACUUCCAGAGGCUUCUGAAACACUACUGUUUUGCAGGGCAGGAGUAUUCUGGAAUCCUUUUACUUAGAUAUAAAAUAAACCUCAAAUAUUAAAAAGUUGUAGCCAUCUGAGAGAGGAAAUUUUAAGUGACUGAAAAUGUAGAAUACUUCAAAGUGCAUGUUACUACUUAAAACUAGUCUUUCUGCUGGAAUCUAAGGAGUAUAUAUAUAUGCCCCCUUGUGGUUAAUUAUUGCUCCUUUAAUAAUUUUUACUUGAAAUGAUCCACAGUUAUUUCAUAACUUUAGCAGUGUGUUUUGGAACUACUGUACUUAAAGGUUUGUUUGUUUGUUUUUGCCAUACUGUAUAAUUUGGGUGAGGUCUACAAAAUUGGGUGUGACUUUCCUUUGCAAAUGGAUUUCUCCUGGGGAAUUUUCUUGGCUGUUCUGGAAAUGCUUUCCCACAGCUGGGUAACUGUUCUAAAUGGCUUUGAUAAUGCUCACACAUCUUGGAGUUUCAGAAGGAAAUUAUUCUGCAUCACAAAUACUAAAUUUUAUAUUUCUAAAUUACUAUAGGUCAUUUAAUAUUGGUUUAUGGUGCUUUUAUUUCCUUAACUUGAGAACAUCUUUCUGAGAUUUCAGAGUCCUCAAAUUUCUUAGAUUAAGAGACAAUAGGCCAGUGCAGUUGUUCACACCUGUAAUCCCAGCACUUUGGGAGGCCGAGGUGGGCAGAUCAUUUGAGGUUAGGAGUUUGAGACCAGCCUGGCAAACAUGGCGAAACCCUGUCUCUACUAAAAUACAAAAAUUAGCUGGGCAUGGUGGCAGGUGCCUGUAAUCUCAGCUACUCAGGAGGCUGAGGCAGAAUUGCUUGAACCCAGGAGGUGGAGGUUGCAGUGAGCCUAGAUCACACCACUGCACUCCAGCCUGGGAGACAGAACGAGACUCCUUCUCAAAAAAAAAAAAAAAAAAAAAAAGAAAAUAGAGUGAGGCUUUUUUUACCAUAUAUACAUAAAAUACUUAUGAAAAUUAGAAGAUAAUUUGGCAUUCUUACUGUUUCACUGUACUUCCACUGAAAUACUCUUUCCAUUAAAAUAUUCUGAAAGAAUAUAGUAAUAAUGGAAUUGUGAUCUUCAGUCGCACCUCAACCAUUUUUUUGCUUAUGAACUAAAAUUUCUAACAUUAACAUUUCAGCAUGUAAUAAAACAAGGGCCUAUCUCCUUUAAAAUUUAACAUUCCAUGUAACUUUUCUAACUUAUCAUUCAUAAGUUGCAAAUAUUACUAUUUUCCUAAACCAGGGUACACAAUUUAAGUUGCCACUUACUGAUGACGAAUUUCUGGGUAAUAGGAUUUUAAUAGGCAAGCAAAUAAAAUUAAAUCAAUUUCAAGGAAAAACAUCUGGCCAGGGGUAGCUUGAUUUCGCCCCCAAAAAUACUGAAGACUAAUCCAUUGACAUUCAUAAUGGGACAGCUAAGUACUAAAUAGCUAACUACUCCCUAUGGAGGUUUAUGUAAGCAGAGUACCAGGGGUUCCAUCAUAUCAACCUGGCAAUGCACUUGGUGGUUGUGUGACCUUCAGAAAGUCUCUUACUCUUGUUUAUGUGUUCCUCCUUUAGAAACUGAGAAUUUAUUUGUGGUUUUCACACUAUUUCAGCAGCAAAAACUUUUUCAAGGAAAAUCUUACAGAGCCUUUAAACACAUGUGCAUACACACAUACCCUUAUACCCCACUAUAUAAAAGUCAUAUUAUUAUAAAUUUCCUUAUUAUAUAAACUUUAUAUACUAUAAAUGUGAUUAAGUCAAUGAAUAAAAACAUUAAUGCAUUGGUGAUAUCCAGCAUGUUUGAAUUUGGUGAGUAACACACACAUAGUGGGAGUCGUUUUUAAAAAAAAUUUCUUAAUUAAAUUCAAGUCAAAUUUGCAGAACCCUGUAUCUCCUCCAUAGAUUCUUAGUAUUCCAUGGAACAUAUUUUGAAAACCUUGGGAUAGAUGAUCCGCUGAAAUCUUUUCCAGCUCUAAGACUUUAAAUUGUCCUUUUAGAUUAGACUUGCUGAGUUUAAUUCAGAUUACCUAAUUUUAAAAUGUUUCUGAAAAGUGAACAAAGUUACCUUACAAAGUUUUGGAUCUUUCCAGGGAUAGCCAAUGAUUUUAUCCCCCAGAAUCCUUCACCUUUCAAGGAGUUAUUUAACAAUGAGCCCAGUGACUCAAUAGGGCCGAAACCUUUUUAUUUUACAAUAUGAGCUCCAAGACACUUACUGAUCUACUGUGAAUAUAAAAUGUUAUUAGCCUUAUCAAAUAAAUGAGCACAGCUCUCUGUUCGCUCUAUUAAACUGGGUGAUAAUUAUUUAGAUGUGAAUGUUAGGUCAGUUCUACUGUAAUAACUAAUCGUAAAAGUUGUAAAUUUGUUUAAUGGAUAAAAUGUACACUUUUUGUAUUCUGUACAGCUUUGUCUUUUUUAAAUAUGAAGUACUUAAAUGUACUUACUAUGAUAGGAAAUAUAAUGUGUGCCUUCUAGGAUUUGUGAAGUGGUUUCAUGAACUCUAAGGAAUUUGUUUUCCCUAUCCUAACUGAAUAACAGAGGGUUUACUCCAAUUAUGUAUAGAACCUUAGUUUGAGAAAAUGAAUUUUACUAUGUACUGAAUUUAGAGGUUGAGAAUAAUAGUAUCUGUGUUAUUCUUAGUACCCACUGAUAAAUUGUGCAAUAAAUAAUCUUUCGCAAGUAA